AAGAAUGAAGUAAGAAAAAAUAACUCUGUUUGGAAACGCUACUAACCGUCAAAGUGCAUACGUCAGGUUUGACAUUGAAGUUUGGAGUUGAGAAUUAUUGUGAUGUGUUAGACAGUGUUAUUGACUAUUAGAGUAAAUAAAUCGAAAAUUUUGAAAAUUCUAUAGAUAAAAGUUUACUAUAAAAACAUAUUUAUCUUCAAAUAUUGCAUGUCAAAGAAAUAUUAAUAAUAACCCGAAUAACAAGGGUUUGAAUAGCAACUUGCGAACAUUGUAUGGUUAUAAAGUUAAUUAGAUAUGGAAACUAUGACAAUAAAGGAAAUACAAAAUAAGUUAUUACUAUGGGAAGCAGCAGAGAACCCUCUGGCACCUCUCACUGCAACUCAGAGAGAAGCAAUACUAGACUUAGAAGCCUCCCUUCAAAGUUCCGAUGAUGAUAUUGAAGAGGAACCACAAAAGCAUGAUACUAUCACAGACAUACCUCAUGUAAACACAACAUAUGACUUUCUUGAUUGGUACGAGACUCUUUCUGAACAAAAUAUGAAGACUAAUGACAUUCCAUAUGAAGAAUAUUAUAAACAAUUAGCAGAUAGGAGAGAUGAGUGCAAUUCCUUGACUGAUCAGAUUGCAGCAACUCUGUCAGACCUGAAUACAUUAUCUGAUCAAUAUAAUUUAGUUUCAAAUAAAACAACCGCCUUACACACAAUGAGUGAGCAGCUGUUGGCGGACCAAAAUAAAUUAUCAAAUAUAGGUGAUGACUUAAAACAAAAGCUACAAUAUUUUACGCAAGUGGACCAUCUCUCACAAAGACUCAACAGCCCUACAAUAUCUGUAAACAGUGAUACAUUUUUCAAUGUAAUUUCAAAGAUCGAUGAAUGCCUUGAGUAUAUGAGGGCUCAUAGCAAUUUUAAAGAAGCACACUCGUACACAGUGAAAUAUCGUCACCUGCAGAGCAGAGGAAUGGCGUUAAUUCGGAGCUAUGUGAACCACAUACUGAACAUUGCCACCGAACAAGUCUUGACUCCAGACGACCCCAGUGAUACAGAUAGUAUGGACACAGCGUAUGCGGUGUAUUUCGGCAAGUUUCAAGCAGCUGCACCCAAGUUAAAGAUGGUUAUUAGUGAAAUAGAAAAGCGUGCGGAAGUAAAUGAAGACUACGCGAGCUUGCUGUCGGACGUGCAGCGGGAGUACGCGGGACGGCGGCAGAACGUGACGGGCGGGGCCACAGCACGUGCGCUGCGGUCGGCGGGCGGGCGACACGCACGCGAUCAUUGCGCGCUUCUUCGGGCCGCGUGCUCACUCCUGGCGCUAGCCGUGCGCGACGAGUGGGCACUUUACCAACACUUCUUCACGCGCACCUCGCCGCCCUUCGAAGAAUACCUGCAGUCUCUCUGUAACUGCCUGUACGAAACACUGCGACCACACAUUAUACAUAUAAAUCAUCUGGAGACACUGGCCGAACUCUGUGUCAUACUCAAAGUUGAAGUUAUCGAGGAGCAAGUCAACAACGAUAUUGCCCUGGCCGGAUUGGGGGCUGCGGCGCGAGCCCUGUUGGAGGACGCACAAGAGCGGCUGGUGUUCCGCGCGCACGUACAUUUGCGAGCUGACGUUCUGCACUACAAGCCGGCUCCUGGAGACCUAGCCUACCCCGACAAGCUGCUCAUGAUGGAGCAAAUAGCACUCUCUCUUCAAGAGCAGAGUUUGAAACGCUGUGAUUCCCGAAACUCUCUAGCGUCUGAAGUAUCAACGACAUCCCAAGAAGUGGCCAAUAUUAACGUGGAAGCUCAGAGACGGCCUCAGGCAUCUCCUGCAGAUCUACACGGCAUGUGGUACCCUGGAGUGAGAAGAACUUUAGCAGCAUUGUCCAGGCUCUACAGAUGUUUAGAAAAACGUGUCUUCCAAGGUCUAGCGCAAGAAGCCAUAUCGCUCUGUGUCCAAAGUGUGUCUAACGCAGCGAACCAAAUAUCUGCAACAAAAACUAACAUUGAUGGACAAUUGUUUGAAAUUAAGCAUUUGUUGAUAGUCAGAGAGCAGAUAGCACCUUUCCAGGUCGAUUUCGUCAUAAAGGAGACUAGUUUGGACUUCAGUAACAUGAAGAAUGCCGCCUACGGUCUAAUACAGAAACCUCGGCAAAUAUUUUCGUUGAACAGCAAUAAUGCUUUGCUUGAGUUCUUGUUGGAAGGCACGCCAAUGGUGAGGGAACAUCUGCUGGAUUCCAGGAAAGAAGUCGACAGACAGUUGAAGAGUUGCUGUGAACAGUUUAUAAAGGAUGCAACUGAAAUACUGGUGGGGCCUAUUAAGGAGUUUAUAGACAAGGUUCAUUCAACUCCUGUGGACCAAAUAAAGCUUCAGCCCUGGGCAACACCUUCCCAGAUAGCAAUAGCCGUACAUGAAGCUCAAAGACGUAUCAAGUUGCAUCUGGCAACAUUGCAGCGUUCUAUGCAGCUCUAUCUGGCCAAUAAGGAAACGGAAUUUAUACUAUUCAGGCCUAUACGGAAUAAUGUUGUUGGCCUUUUUAUGCAGCUUGAGCAAUAUCUCACCAAUAAUGGCUACACACAUGACGACAUCCUAAUUGUAGCUUGUCCAACUCCAGAGCAAAUAUCUGUCUUUAUUUCAUCUGCCAGCCUCAUUAGCCACAGCGAAACAGUGUUGCCAUAUGGCAAGAAACGGCCGAUUAGUGCAAUCCGAAAACCUAGUGCUACCAGCAUUCCAGAAAAAAAAGGGGAAACGACUGUAGAGAGCAUUCAAAGUCAAGCAACUUAAUGUUAUUUAGAUCUCAUAUUUAAGUAAUAAUUAUUAUUUAAUGGAUUUUAUUGUUGUUAUAUUGGUGUAGAGAAACAUAUUAUUUUAAUAUAUUAUUCAAUUUAUUAGAUACAAAA